AUGGCAUUUCAUGGAGAUGUGGCUCGAGCAGCUACAAUCCCUUCCGUUGUCUUCCAGACCUGGUUGGUGACAACCAGUGAAUUCCUUCAUUCAGCCAUUGUGUUUGCAAUAUGGUCUACUUGGCACAGCUUUCUGCCUACUGGUGGUUAUGCCAGUUGUGGUGUCUGGCAUAUCGAAGAUACCGAUGUGGAGGAGUUUGACGAGGAGUUCAGCUUGCACUGGACCCAGCCCUUGACCCCACGGCAUGCGACGCGUGGGAGGCGUCCGCAUCAGCGGCGCGACUUCGCCUCAGCACUGCAACUGGAGGGGUGUGCGUCGAAAUAUGCGGAUCCAGUGAAGAUUGGAGCAGGUGAUUAUGCUUCGGUUUACCGAAUCCGAAAGAAAGCCUUCGGCAGCAGCUUCGUGAAAUCAAAACGAAAGUACUAUGCAUAUGCUGUGAAAGUGCCUAAUCCAGAUGACCAUGAGGCAGAAGAGGCUGCUGAGCAUGAGAUGACGGUCAUGUCUGCUGCCAAGGAGCACCGGUGCGAGCAUGUCUUGCCGUUACUGGAGAAAGACCCCUGCGUGAAUGGACAUGAGGUGAGCAACGCCUUCGUGACGAAGCUCUUGCCUUGGGACCUGUUGAAAUGGAAAACGAAACUCCGGCGUCGUCCUGUGAAGUGUGCAGCCAAACUUUUCAAGGCAAUUAGCAAUGGACUGGAUUGCGUGCACGCAGCUGGCUACAUGCAUGGGGACCUGAAGCUGGGGAACAUCUUGUUUGAGGACUUUGAUGAUGAUGGAUGUCCCAGAGGUCUGCAACUUGCAGAUUUGGGCAUCUCACGUGAGCUCGGGAAAGCCGCGCGCAAAUUUGAUAGUGACUAUUAUUACGAUUGUUGGCACUUGCCUGGUGCACUCUUCCGUGAUGUGGAGGAUCCUUUAGAGCUGUCAGAGGGCAAACGCUUCAUACCAGACCGCCGGGUGGACGGAUGCUCAUUGGCCAUGGUGAUGUUUGAAUUCUUUAAGUUCCAUAUUCCGGAACUUCAGAAAGAUUUGGGUGAAGGAAGCUGUGGCCCAAUGGGACCAGACCGGGAGAUUCUGCUGCCGUGA